AUGCCUCUCCAUACUCACUACCUCUAUGGAGGCGAAAAGAAAUGGGAUUCUGCCCUCUGGACAACGUCCGAUGACCGCGUCCGUGGUGGCUCAAGCCAGUCGUAUCUCACCGUCUCUGACGCCGACAAGACUCAGGCGUCCUUCCACGGCCAUCUCGACACGUCCACGCUCGGUGGCGCAGGCUUCGCCUCACAGCAUAGCCGCGGUGAGCUAGCACUCGAUCUAUCCAGCUAUGAUGGCAUCCUUAUCAGCAUCGCGGGGCCGCACAAGGCCGAUGGCAAACGCUAUGUUCUGACGCUCAAAGACGAGCUUCUGCCGCCGCGCAGGGACGGCAGAGAAACGAGUUCCAUCAGCUGGGAGGCCGAGUUUGUGGCAGAAAAGCCGGGCGACAUCAAGCUGCCGUGGAAGGCGUUCAAAGCGACGUAUCGAGGCCGAGAUAAGCCUGAUGCCAAGCCGUUGGACUUGGCUAACAUCAAACGCUUGGGGUUGAUGAUGAGGAGUUUCUUCGACGAGCAAAAGGGCGAUUUCGCACUCUACCUGUCCGCCAUCGCUGCGUACAAGGAUGUUUCUGCUCAAGGCAAUUGUGCUGAUGCGGAUGCUCAAGAUGACUAUGUCGAUCUGAAGUCGCAUCAAUAUUUUAAACAGGAGAGGAAGCCGUGGUGGAAAAUCAUUUUGUGCGGGUUCGUCUGA